AUGCUUACGCACAAACCCAGCGUUCUAUCAUUGGUGCAACAUUAUGGAAAAUGUUUUCACUUCCGGAUGGUACACACACGACGGGGGGAAUUAUAUAAUCAAUGUUACCGUCUUCUUGGUGUGAGUGAACAAUCCGAUCAGAACACCGUCCGGCAAGCUUAUCUAAAACUGGUAAAGAAACUACACCCAGACAGUGGUCACCCGGAAGCGAGCGCGGAACGCUUCCAAGAGGUCGAUUCUGCCUUCCGCAUACUGCAGGAAAAGUUUGCCAAGGCACGGCGUGGCAUCGUGGAAGAUCUGCAGCAAGAGGUGAAGGUGUACGAUAUCAAACACACCGCACCCCAGCACCGUCAGUAUCUUAGCUUCGAUGGUGUCGGUUACGGUACGCCAGCCCAACGCCAAAAGCAAUACCAAGCGGUGCGGGCAGCAAAAGCGCAGGAACGUGUCCUCGAGCAUCGGCUCUCGAAAGCACAAGCUUCCGAAACGGCACUCAUGAAGAAGGGCGAUUACUUUAAGAAGCAUGAAAUUAAAACCAAGUAUGGUUACGAUCGUGUCGUUGAGGAUCUCAUCCAGGAAGCGAUAUCGCGGGGCGAUUUUAGCAAUCUGUCCGGCUUCGGUAAACCGCUGCCCGACCAUCAGUCCCAGAAUCCGUACGUUGAUUUUACCACGCACAAGAUGAAUAAAAUUAUGCUCGACAAUGGAUUUACGCCGGAGUGGAUUACGCUGCACAAAGAUAUCCGGCAGGCGGUGGAAACGCUGAAGGAAGAUUUGAGACGGAUGCGAGCUAAGCUUGGCCCUGUACCUUUGAGUGGACGCGAGGAGCAGCAGUGGGAAAAAUGGAUCGAACAGCAGCAGGAAGAGGUGGCCAAAAUUAACAAAAUGAUUGACAAAUUUAAUCUAAUCGUGCCGAUGAUGAAUAAGCAAAUGGUUCGAUUGAAUCUGGAACGUAUAGGAAAUGAUGUGCUUGAAAAUGGGGUACAUCGGGAAGGGGAGAAGGAGCAGAACGAGAGAAAGGUUAAAGCAUCGGAUGUGACUCAAAACGAUCCGUCCGGUAGUAGUAGUAGUAGGUCAAGUGUAUUAGGAUUUAUUGGUUCAUUGUUUGGCUGA